GACCUAUUAACUCGCAUGUACGCCUACUGUACGCGUGCCUGAAGUGGAGCAGUUUGGACGCUACACGUUUGUAGAUUUUAUUGUAUUUGAUCGCUAAACCAGACGGUUUCUACAAAAUGAGUUCCCAGAUUACUUGUGUCGGAUGGGUGGCGAAAGGCAUUGCCAAGGAAACCCCAGACAAAGUUGAGUUGAGCCAAGAGGAGCUACAGCGCAUCAUUACUGAAGCAAAACAGGAGCUGGGGGAACUAGCAGCCGAGGAUGACGAAGAGGUUGAUGAAGGUAUUGCAUGUGAGGAGAAUCCUGAUAGUAAUACAGCGGACGUUGCUGGAGUUUCAAAAGAUGAGAAUGAAGAAGGAAAGGAGGAAGAUGACGAGCUAGCAGAGUAUGGCCUGGAUAAAUAUGAUGAAGAGGAUGCAGCGACCGCUAGUCUCGGGGACAGUCUGGCUGGGCUUACGGUGUUCAGCUCUAAUGAGGAGGAUCCUUACAUCACCAUCAAAGACACAGACCAAUAUGAGCGAGAGGACUUCCAAAUCAAGCCCAGUGACAAUCUCAUCCUAACCGGCAGGGCAGAGAAGGACUGCUGCAAUUUGGAGAUCCAUGUUUAUAACUCAGAGGAAGACUCUCUGUAUGUCCAUCAUGAUAUUCUGCUGCCAGCUUACCCACUGUGUGUGGAGUGGCUAAACUUUGACCCCAGCCCUGGAGAAGGACCUGGUAACUACGCUGCUGUGGGCAACAUGACUCCUCAGAUAGAUGUGUGGGACCUGGAUGUGGUGGACUGCUUAGAGCCAGCCUUCUCCCUGGGGAGCAAAAAAGCCUCCAAGAAGAAAAAGAAGGGGAAGAAGGGGGCAGCGGCAGAGCCUGUCGAGGGGCACACAGAUGCAGUGCUGGAUUUAUCCUGGAACAAACUAGUCAGAAAUGUGUUGGCCAGUGGAUCAGCAGAUGAAACAGUUAUCUUGUGGGAUCUUACUCAAGGCAAACCAGCCACAACUCUGCGCAGGCACACUGAUAAGGUUCAGACGUUAUCAUUCCACCCAUUUGAGGCACAGACUCUGAUAUCAGGAUCAUAUGACAAGACAGCAGUCCUGUUUGACUGCCGCAGUCCAGACAACAGCAAUCGGACCUGGAGGUUUAGUGGUCAGGUGGAGCGUCUGACCUGGGACCACUUUUCACCGUGCAACUUCCUGGCCAGCACAGAGGAUGGAUUUGUCUACUGUCUGGACGCACGCUCGGAUAAACCUGUUUUCACCCUGAAGGCUCAUGAUGCAGAAGUGUCAGGUUUGGACCUCAGCAGCCAAAUUAAAGGAUGCCUGGUCACCUCAUCAGCUGACAAACACGUAAAGAUUUGGGACAUUUUGGGCAACAAGCCCAACCUGGUACACUCACGGGAUAUGAAAAUGGGUGUGCUGUUCUGUGCGUCAUGUUGCCCUGACCUGCCCUUCAUCUAUGCCUUCGGGGGACAAAGGGAUGGCUUGCGAGUUUGGGAUAUAAGUGAUGUUGCAGCAGUGGUUGGGGUGUUUGGCAGUCGAGAGCGCUUGGUGGCGAACACGGGAUCCCAGGCAUCCAGCACUGCAGCCACAGCAGAGAUGGAAGUCUCCUAGUCACACUCUGGAUGCAUCACCAGCCUGUUAACAUGAAUAAACUGAGCAACAUAUCAAGCUGCUCCGCUUGUUGCGGUGUUCCUCAUAGUGCAGUAGUUCAAGGGGUAAGGUGAAUAAAUUAAGCUGCAUUCCUGAAGAAUUUGAAUGGUUUGCCAGAGUGCUAACUGGACCUAAAACACCUGAAAACGUGUUCAGCUUGUCUCUCUGCAAAGAUAACAACAGUAGCUUUGCAAACUCAAAAAUGUGUAAAGGAAAAAGAGGUUGUUGUUUUUUAUAUUCAUAUUAUUGAAUAUUUCCAAGGAUUUGUUUUAGAUUUUCAGGUUAAAGCAGUGAUUUGAAUAUUUGAAUUACUCCGAAUUGUUUAUAUUACUUUGAGAUCUCUUUCAGUUUGCCUUUCUUUGUACAUUUACAAAUGUAAUAUGCUACUAAAACUAUUUUCACAUGAAUUAUUGCAUACCUGGGUUUCCUGGUAAUGAAUGGUAAAAUUAAAUAUCAAAAUAAGUCUGUGUACUCACAUCUGGCCAAAGUAUUGAAAAAUAAGACU